CCCUGAUCCAAAGUUUCCAGACCUCACAUGGCCAGCCACUCAGCGUCCCGUACUUGUAUUACCGUCAUCUGGUCUGGCUGACACUUGGGCCACAUUUCAACAGAGGACGGCGACCAGCUGGAGGCGAACCUGUACCUAAUUCGUUCUUCCAACGACACUUGCACCAUGGGACUGACAAACUGCCCCAGGUGCCUUUACCACAACCAUACACAGUACUAACUGAACAGGACCUCGAUAACAGUUGUUUUCCGUCUGUCGAGUGACGGCUACGUCAUUCCGCGGCUGGAUUCCCGCGCCCUCCCCCACGGUGCCACGGCCUUCAGCGCGCUCUACAGUAGCUUCACCCAACCCAGCUGGCGCGACUAGACUGCCGCGGUAGUCAAGCUCCAAGGCAAAAAGGUACCAACAUCAAGACGCUGUGUCAUCCUUUCUCUCAUUAUUCUUCUUGUCAAUGUAGAGAGCGAACUCGAUGGCCAUUGUUGGAACCCUACGCGCUGCUCCUCGCCCAACCCCACGCCCCGUUUCUGUCAAUAAGACCGUCUCACCCCGACGGGGCCGCCCCCUCGACUGCAUGUCUUUCGCACCUCCGGCAGCACCCAGCAAAAGGGCCAUCCCACGACUUCCGCCACAUCCAAACUCGAGUCGCUAUGGUGCCAUGAGCCGCCAGCGCGUCCCCCGCGCCUGCUACGCCUGUCGAACUCGCAAGAUCAAGUGCAACGGCGAUCAUCCCGCUUGCCAGAGCUGCCGCGAGCACGGCAUGACCUGCUCCUACGCUCCUGCUCGCAAGGAUCGAGUCAAGCAACUCACCGAGGACAACCAACGCCUGGUACGCCUGCUCAGGGGCCUGCGCUCACAGCUCGGCCAUUCCCGCUCCAGAGAAAUCGAUGCCAUCCUCGAAGAUGCCACGGCCGAUGCCAUCGACGCCCCGGCCACACAUGGCGGCCCCGGCUCGACUCACGCGGAAUUUUCCUUUGUCGCCGACGACGAGCGAGGCGAGACGUACCUUCUCGCUGAGGUUGGUUCCAGUUACGAGGGGGCCGUUACGGAUCAAGACUCGCUAGAAACCGCGGAAUCGAGAGCAACAGGCUUCAUGGGCAAGACCUCCGAGAUACAUGUGGUGCGGCGCCUGCUUCAACUGGCGGAUAAUCCCAAGAUUGACCUGCCAACGACAUCAUACACGCCACCAUCCACCGCCGACCAGGCUAUUGCAGCGCCCCAUGACGCACCCCGUUCAAUCAAGAGCAGUGGCAACCCUGCAUCUACGAAACCAGCUAACGGGUGGGACUUCUACAUGGACAAUGAGACCCUAGAGCUGGAUAUCAUCGUUGAUCCGUCCGAGUUGCCCCCUUACGAGUCGGCUAAGCAGCUCCUCGAUUGCUACAUGAAGACUGUACACAAUUCGUUCCCCAUCGUAGACAAACUCAGUCUGUACAACAGAUUCAACAACUAUUAUGCCUCACCAUGGAGCCAAACACCCAAAACAUUGUCGGAACGAUCGCUUGCGGUGCUCAACCUCGUCUUCGCUAUUGGCGCUGUUUAUUCGCACCUGGCCGAAGCAGAUUGGCGAGCCGACGCGAGAGACCAUAUCAUCUACCAAUCGAGGGCGCGGGCGCUCGCCUUCAAAGACCCAUGGUGGUAUCCGCAGACUGACCUUUCCCAGCUUCAGCUCACAGGACUGUUAUCUUUUUAUUACUUGACCAUAGGUCAUGUGAACAGUUCGUGGAUGUUGAGCGGCAUGGCGAUCCGCGCUGGACACGCCAUGGGCCUGCACAUCCGCAACGAUGACCUGGGCGUCACUUCCGUGCAGAAAGAGACCAGGUCACGCAUCUGGUGGGGCCUCCACUUCUUAGAGACAAUCCUAUGCACAAUCACGGGGCGGCCAAGCGCAGCUCUCGACUACCAAUGCUCAGUGCCGCUCCCACUGCCUCUAGCAGCCGACGACCUCGAGGAAUCCAUCGUCACAUCGCUUCUGAACGAGCGCCAUCGCCAUGUGCGCAAAGAUUCGUUAUCUGGCGUGGGUGCAAAGAAAAUUGCCGCCAUCCGAAGGCAUUCUAAUGCUUGGUCGCAGGGCGAUGAACCGACCAACUGCGGUACCUAUCUCAGGAACCUCGUCACGGUGGAUAUGAUUACAGCGGCCGCAUUGACGGAUCUGUAUAGUGCUAGCACGGUCAAUAAAUCCUGGCCGACCAUCCAGAAGAAUGUGACGGGCCUUUUGGGUCGGCUGGAUGCUUGGGCGUCCUCGAUCACGCCGGGAUUGGACUUUAUGUCGCCCAAAGCCGCAGUCAAUGACGAGUGGCGGCAAGAGCGCAUGGUGCUCGCAUAUAACUACUACAGUACCAAGAUCCUCAUCACUCGACCCUGCCUUUGCCGAAUCGACCGCCACGUCCCAAGCCAGUCCCAAGACUCCGAUGAAUUCAACAUGAGGAUGUCAGAGGAGUGCGUGGAAGCUGCUGCAUCUAUCGCCAGUCUGUUGCCAGACGGCGCCGAUCAGAUCGGCAUAAGGGCUUACUAUGUCACCCCGUGGUGGUCCAUGGUGCAUUUCCUCAUGCAAGCUAUUACGACGCUACUCCUGGACAUCUUCUCGGUGACCAUACAGAUAUCGCCCGAACGUCCCGAAAAAUUGACUUGUGUAAAGAAAAUCCUCGGGGGUCUGCGGGCCAUGGCCUGCGCAAAUGCCUUGGCUGGCAGGGCGUAUCACGUCGCUUUCAAUAUUCUGCAAAAGCUGGCGGCGAGGGCUGACAAUCCAGUCGACCUAUCCGACCUCCAGCCCUCCCACAACGCCUACUACGCCCGCUCUCAGUCGCACUCCCCAUUCUCCCACCCCAGCACCGCUAACCCUGGAACUGCCAACCGAGGCAUUACCACCAACCCCUCUGCCACCGCCUUCAGUUCAAUGCCAACCCAUAUGCAUUUCGACACCCAACCUGGCGACCCUGCCAUGUACACUAACCCCCAACACCUAGCCGCAGACUUCGACCUUGCGACUUGGGCUCAAAGUGCCGCUCCCGGCGGCGCAGGAGUGCCGUAUGCGGGGCUGCUGAAUGCGUUUCCAGGAGUGCCGGGCAACGGGUUUGCGAAUCUGCACUCGUCCCCGGCAGGACCGCGUUUGGGGGCUUCCGGAGGGGCAACAGCAGCGGGGGUGGGCUUUGAGGCACCAGCACCGGCUAUGGGCGGUAUGUACAUGGCAAGUGGGCUUGGUCCCGAUUUCCAGUUUUGGGGCCAGCAGAGUCAGGGUUAGGGCGAGUAAAGGGAGGAGGACGGGGAAGAGCCCUGCUUUACUCCUUCCUCUUCUCUGUUCGAUAUUUUGCUUCCAUCUCUCUGUUCUCACUUUUCCUCUUGGGGCCAGGAGCACCCAGGGGUAAGAAGAUGACGAUGGUGACGAUGACUAUGAUAAUGACCAUGAAAGUAUGAAGCUCGUUGAAGCGUAUCUUCGGUGUUUAAAAGGCAAAGACUCGACUAGAAUUCCACGAGUGGUAUCAUUCACAUAUGUAUUAUUAGCGGAACAUACAACAUUGAGUUGCGCUCAUGAAAAGCGAACCGUCUAGAAGUAGGCAAUCAAGAUUCCAUCACCGCUGAAGCU